AAAUUAAUUGGUAUCAUUUCGGAGAACCGCGCAUUCGGAGUCUUAAAGAUUUGCACUUUUGAGCUUCACGCCGCUAAAUAAACGGAAGUGUUUGAUUAUGUGAAAUAAUUGCAUACGUAGUUGAUUCAAAUGUUAGAAUUUUUAACGUUUGACGAUAUAGUAGCUUUGUUAAUCAUGUGAAAUCAUUUAAUACUGUUGGAAUAACAGGAAAGGUAUUUUAACAUUGUAUAUAAACAUAAAUUAAGGUAAUUAUUCUGCAAUACUUAACAAUGUUUUUGAACACGUGUUCCGGGUGCAUACAGGUACCGGCGCCGGUAUAUUAUUGGAACCCCUACUGGAUACAAAGUAUAUCAAAGAAAGCGGACAUUAAUCUGGCAGAACUCAUGCAGCUUAACGCGACCAAGUAUUCCGCCGGUCAGUCUAACGGAACGCUAAGAAAGUUCGACGCUAUACCCAGGGAUAGCGACCUAGCGCCGCCAUCAAGAUAUUUUGCAGGCGGUUUCGGGCGCGAUGAGAAACGAAAAGAGGGUGCAACUCCCGGCCCGGAUGGCGUCAUUGACUUUAGCGUCAAGAACAGUGGCGGCGGCUGCACUCUCCCGUCUGCCCUCGAGCCACUGAGAGCGCUCUGUAGCACUGGCCCGCGGGGGUACAGGGGUUCGAGUCCUCUGAAGGUCGGUGAGUCACAGGGGUCGUGUCGAGGUCAUCUACAGGCGAACAAGGAACUGAAGUUCGGAAUAAGCAAAAUUCUCUCAGAUGAUUUCGGAAAAGAGGAUUCCGUUAAAAUAAAGGGCUAUGCAAAACUACGCAGCCGAGGGAGUUGUGAGUGCACACUGGAUGGAUGUCACGGUUAUCCUGCGCAUGCACAGUACCACAGCCACGCAUUGAGCGCCGUGCACGCCCUACAGCCGCCAAACUACCCGGCCUCCCCUUCCGGUUCAGAUUUAUUACCAGGUAGAGCCUAUUUUUGGCCCUACUCGGUUCUUAGCACGGAAGUGAACGUUGGGAACCAGACUAAGCGGAAGCGGUCCUGGUCACGUGCCGUGUUCUCCAACCUUCAACGGAAGGGGCUCGAAAAGCGCUUCGAGGUGCAGAAGUACGUCACCAAACCCGACAGACGACAGCUGGCUGCCAUGUUGGGUCUUACGGACGCACAGGUGAAGGUCUGGUUUCAAAAUAGAAGGAUGAAAUGGCGCCACGCGCAACAGCAGACAACAAUGGACACCGAGGAGGUGACUGAAGUGGAGAGAGGCGCCGCGGGAGAGAAACCGGAAGAAGACGCAACAUCUGUCAUUGAGCCUAAUAAUGCGAAUCUAAAUAUUAAUACGACGAUGGACGUUACUGAUAUAGACAGUGACUCGAGUUCAGAGAGCGACGGAAGUUUCCAGCAGCGCGCCGGAAGUUUGACGGAGCGCUACGAAGGACCGGUCAGUGGCGACAGAAGUUCGUUGGAGGAUGAAACUCUACCAGAGCCGUUAGAUUACCCAAUGCAUUGAAGCUAAAGUCGCUUUGUUGUGUUAACUUUUGUUAUGUACUAGCAUAUUCAUCUGAAGUGUAAUAAUGCGCAUAUGGUGACACGGGUCAAAGUUGUUGAACGAUACUAGGGAAACUGUCGUCAAGUGCCACACUUCGACCUGGAUAUAUCGCUUUCUGUAUCGUAUGGAUGGGAAUGUGGCCUCCAAGAUUCCAUUCAUGUAAAAGAAGUAUAAGUAGUAUACACUUUAGCAAACAUGAUUACGCGUUUUACAAUUUCUAAGAAAACAGUAAACAGUUUUGGGAUUUUAGCGGUCACUCCAUUGUAGAGAUAUUAAACUUUACUUACUGCAUCGAAGACAUACAUGUAUGACGUAUCGUGAAAAGAAAAGCAAUCAAUAAAGCAAUUGUUUUGCAUAUUUUAUUCGGUCAAAUUCAAACACAUGCAUACAUAAAACGUCUGUUCAAACGAUUAAAAACGUUGGUGAAGCCGUUGAGAAGGAGAUUGUAAGAUUGGAAAAGACUUAUUUUGUGUAACAAAAUAUGAAACAAUGCAUAAAAGAUGUCAUACAUAUGUUAUUUGUGAAUUAAAUUGUAUAAGUAAUGUAUAAUUAAAAAAUCCACUGU